AUGAGGAGCAGAGAAACUACAAGAUCAUUAAGGUUAUUUGGGAGAAACCAAAACACCCCCUUCAUUGAGGUAAACAUUGAUGGCAGCUUCUCCCCCAACAAGGCAGGCAUUGGAGAAGUCUUCAGAGACCACAAAGGCAAAAGUCUUCUCAACUUUCAAGUACCCGUAUAUGCAAAAGAUGCUAUAGAGGCUGAGACCAUGGCACUUUAUUGGGCUAUCAAAAUUACUGUAAUAAAUAGGUCAAAACAUUUAAUUGCUGAGAUGGAUUCCUCCCAACUGGUGGAUUAUAUGACUAAAAGGGCAGUCCCCCCAUGGCAUAUCCAACAGUGGCUCAUUAAGCUGAAACAACUAUGUAAAGAGAUAAAGGUGGAAUUCUCAUGCAUCUACAGAGAGGGAAAUAGACCUGCUAACUUCCUGGCAAUAGAGGGAGCUGCUUCUCAGAGAAUCAAUGUAUCCAACAAACCCCCAACAUCCUUCGCCUGCCUGCUACUGCUUCUCAGAUUUUUGAUGUUUGGGGUUUAG